ACCCCACCACCAGCAGACAGGCUACGAACAAGGUUUCUUUUUUUUUUAAUAAAUCCGACACAACGACAAUCGUCCCGCCAGCUCCUCUACCUACCACGUUAUCACCUGCAUCGGGAAGGUCCCACCCCAAGGUCCUCGUACAGGAGCAACAGACUGGAAAAAGCUUGGUUUGUUCACCUAGGCUCUCCCUGAAUCGAAACCCAAACAACGUAGGUCCCUUUGAUAUCAUACCAGGACAGCUAUUUUUGUCGAAUGCCAACUUAGUAAAUUCAAAAGGAAUGAACAGCAGCGAUGUUUAGGCUCCCAGUUCUCGCCAAGUUCAUACCAAAGCCGCGUAAUGCCCACCACAGGUACCUACAUGGUCGCCCGGCGGCAGCUAAAAAAAUUCCCCUUGCUGAAAAAGUUCCCCCUGCUAGACCGGUGAGCUUGAACUCUUAAUGGCCUGUAAACAAUUCUAACGGUGAUAAUGUUUUGCAGAGUAAGCCGCCAGCGGGACCCGGGCACAGGAUCUCGUAUUUGAAGCUUUCACACAGACAAGCAGGGAAACGAUUGGGUUUCCUUCUCGAAACUUUCGACAAGGGUGCUGUCACAGUUACGCAGAUGUUAGCCACUGCCGACCGAGAAGCCAAAAUCCAGGGGCUCACGGGAGAAGAGGUUAAAGAAGCAAAAGAGAAUGUUUACAAAUGGAUUGUGGAGUAUUUAAAAGGAGAGGGCUAUCCAAGCGACAUGAAUGAGGACUAUAAUGAAGCCAAUAUUAAUGACCUGGUGUUCACAGUACUUAUCCCGGUAAUUGCUAUGUUCAAUAGAAAAACUGGACGAAAUCUACGCCUGCGGAGGGAAAAAACAAACAUAGCCAAGGACGGAGAAACAAGUGGAAAUCAAGGGUUUGUGACGAUCGAUACCGUUGGCAUUGAUGAUCGGAAAUUUGUAUUCGUGGUCGAGGCAAAAAAAUCAUCCCUAGGCGAAGCGAAGAAACUAUGUCUUCUCGUGAUGAAGGACAUGGGGGAAAUGAAUGCGGGGGGCGUGGUAUAUGGCUUCGUAACGACUGGUGAGGGGUGGCAGAUGCUACGAUUUGAUGGUACUGUGUUUUCACAAACUGAUAGUUUUUUUGCAUUAUUUCGCGGGAUGGCGGAGGACAAGGAAAGAUGGAUGCAGGGAGGAUCAGUUGUCGUGGACUGCAUCCACGCCACCUUGAGAAGCGGAGGAUUCGUUGUUAAAUAAUUGAAUCCUUCACUUCUCAAGGUUGCUGGACUGUACGAGGGUAACAUUUCCCUUGUUUAGAAAUUAUGAAAACACUCUCCUCUCUUGGAAAGCUCCAUUAUUCUAAAGGACUACUAUACAUCAAGGACUUUGGCGAAGCUUUCCACGAAUGCCCAUGACUCCACCAACCCCGCUGUCGAAAAGGGGCCCGGCGCCAUAAUCGUCCCGUGCACAAACCACGAACAAUACCCCAUGUUCGUCUCUGGCCCCACGGAUGGCACCCAACGCAAAGACUACUGCCACUUCUCACAGCGCUAUGAGUGCCCCGGCAAUCUGCAGAAACUCAUGGAGGAGUCAUCCAAAAACCACGGGGACCUCGAGUACUCAUACGUCGCCUUCCGUCAUUGUUUCGACCACUGCAUCCACACGAAGAACGAGAUCAGCCCAACAAUAGACUACUUUGGCAUAACCCCCGUCAACGGCGAGCCCGACAUGCCAGUUCAAAGCCCAUAUACAGCGUCACAACUCCGCAAUUACUGUCUAACCCUCCCGCGCAUCAUCCCCCCACCCAUCAAAUGCCACGGGCAUGUCAUGUUCAACGUGUGCACUCCAACAGGCUCCAUCAAGUGCUGGACUGCCCCAAGAGCCUCCGAAAACUGAAGUACAGAGAUGCGAGGCGGAGCUAAUGAGAUGAUCUCUGGGCCCUUGGAGCGAAAUCUCGCAUAAAGCGGAAUAUAAAGAUUGGCGUUGGCAACGGGAGGCAUAAGUCAAAGCUGGUUGCCAUCAAGGACCCUUAUGGUGGUGGGGUGAGGGCUAUUGUCAAGGAUAAGGCGACCGCCUUCCUGAAGGCUUGGAAGGAGGCAGAGGAGGCGAAGAUCGCCGAGCUUCAGAGGAAGCCAGAGGUUAGGGAGAAGCAUGCCGAAAUGGUUAGCUAGCUCAAGGAGGCGAAGAAGGUCGCCGAGCUUCAGAGGAAGCCGGAGGUUAGGGAGAGGCAUGCCGAAAUGGUUAGCUAGCUCAAGGAGGAGAAGGAGGCGAGGAAGGUCGCAAGGCUUCAGAGGAAGCCGGAGGGUUAAGGAGAGGCAUGCCAAAAUGCUCAGCCAAUACAAGGAGGAGAAGGAAAGGAGGCUGCAGGAGAAGGCAAUGGUGAAGGAGGCUGCAGGAGAUGCACGAAGAGAUGGUCCGGGUGCAUAGAGAGAGAAAGGAAAAAACAGCGGGAGAUGCAAAUGCCAAAAAUGGAGUAGGAGGCGACGAAGGGGGGGGGUGCAAUCGCAGUUUUUCACUCGCAAUGUAACUGUAUUUCCAUAUCUGGAGUGUAGGCCACCAAUCGGUAGGAUUUACAUAUGAGGCUUCCCAACCUUUGUAAAUCAUUUAUCUAUCUCCAAAAAAUGUUAUCAAUAGCAGCCAAAGAUAGUGGUUCAUGGGCCAAUACCGGUACGUUGUUCCAACAGGGGUCGUUUAGUAAGGAGACAGGCCAAAACAGACCAAAAUUGUAGGUUUUCGAGCGAUUCUAUUUCCACAGAAUUCUUGAAACUCGGCCUUGAAAAAAAUUUAAGAAUUUAGCAUGUCUGAAGUAUGAUACAUAUCUAUUUCAGGCCUUUGUCUGGAGUUUGUACAGAAUUGUGGGCACAUGAACUGGGUAAGGUGUGAUGCAGUG